CCGUCCUGCGUCUCAGUCUUCCUUUGUCUCUCAAAACCCCUUUGGCUCCAAAUUCGUUCCCUCGCUCCGAUCCCUUGGCAGCUCUGCUGGUUCCGAAACCAUGAGAGAACUCGUCACCCUCCAAGUUGGAAGCUUUGCAAACUUUGUGGGCUCACAUUUCUGGAACUUCCAGGAUGAGCUAAAUGGGUUGGCGGAAGACCCUUAUGCUGACCCAGUAUUCAAGAAUCAGUCUUUGAACAUGGACGUGCUCUACCGCUCUGGUGAGACGCACCAGGGUACUUUGACUUACACUCCCCGCCUGGUUUCUGUUGAUCUUCAAGGGUCCCUUGGGUCUAUGAGCUCACGUGGUACAUUGUAUGAUGAGGGUUCAUCUGCAUCAUCAAAUAUUUUGACAUGGGGUGGUAAUGUUUCUACUCAUGCUGCCGAGCCUCAUAAAAAGAAUUUGUUCUUGCAAAGUUUGUACGGGGAAGAGCAGGAAAAUUCUUUGACUUUUGAAAAUGGUGUCACUGGUGGAGAGAAUCCUCGAACAGAAAUUCAUGACAGGGAUAAAGUGGAGAGUUUAGAAAAUGGUGUCCAAUACUGGACUGACUUUUCAAAAGUUGAGUAUCAUCCCCAAAGUUUAUAUGAAUUAAGUGGAUUGUGGGUGGAUCCUCAGAAAUUUGACAAUUACGGGAUUGGAAGGGAAUCCUUAUCUGGGGGUUUGCAGGGAGAAGAAAUUAGUGGGAGGCUUCGCUUUUUCGUAGAAGAGUGUGACCAUAUUCAGGGUUUUCAAUUUAUUGUUGAUGACUCGGGGGGUUUUUCUCCUCUAGCUGUGGAUGUUCUGGAGAGUAUUGCAGAUGAAUAUACGAAUGCUCCAGUGUUGCUCUAUGCUGUGCGUGGUCCUGGUUCUUCCGUGGAUCCCAGAAGCCAGAAGCAGAGAGUCAGUAGGAAGCUUCACGAUGCUGUUUCAUUUUCAAGGCUAUCAUCGUUAUGUAAACUGAUCGUUCCCGUGGGGUUACCCUCAUUGAGUAGAAGCAAAGCUUCAACAUUUCUCUGCAUCAAUGAUGAAAAGCCGUAUCACUGCAGUGCAGCUUAUGCUGCUACCCUACAUUCUCUUAGUCUCCCUUUUCGAAUGGAACCACUUGGGCCCACUGCAGACUCAUCUUAUGCUUCUGGUGCCGUGACUGUUAAUGAGGUUGUGCAAAUCCUAUCAGGGCAAACUAGGCAGAAUAUGGUUGCCAUUCUGGAUGCUGCAAUGCCAGCCCCUUCUUUAACUGGGAAUCAGGUCGAGCAAACUUUGCUACGUCAUUUGCAGCCAUUGACACCAGAGAUAGCAAAGGAUAUUGAGGACUUACAAUCAGUAGAAUCCAUCUCAGUCCACGGGGCCCUAGGACCAGCAAGAGGUCAGCGGGCAUCAGUUUCUGAAGUAAAAGAUAUGGUUCAUGCUGCUUAUGAGCAUGCAACGACAAGGCCAAUGUUCUGCCAUCUGUCCGUGGCUCAAUGUCCACUUCCAAUACCUUUGCCUUUUCCUUCAAUCUUUGGGAACCGUGUUGGCCAACAUGGUGAGCUUUUGAGCACCCCAAUUAUUGAUUCUCCAUCAAGGGGAUCACUUGAUGUCCAUUCCAUUCCUAUGGCAGCUAGACUACGGUCUAGCAGUGCUGUUUUACCAUUCUUGGAGAAUAGAUUGGGAAGUCUUCGUAGCUUUGGGAUUGCCAGAGGAGCGCCUGGGGCUGAGUUAGUUAGAAGUUGGGGAUUUGCAAAGGAUGAAUUAGAAGAAAUGGGUGAGGUGCUGUCGAAAAUGAUCACGACAUUGGAUCCUCGUUCUCAGAUGUCCUCUGAUUCAGAUUAACUUUCUGGUGGAGAUGCAUGGAAAUGAGGAAAGAGCUUUGACAUGGCUGGAUCUGGAAGGGAGAGUUAAAGCUGUAAAUUUGUGGUGAAAGUCAAAGAUAUUUGGAACUCGGAAUACAAGGCAAAGGAUGAGAGACAAAGAUCAAUGGAUUUCUAUGGUGCUGCUGGGAUUUUGAAGUUAAAGCUUAUAUUGUCUUGUUUUCUGCUCCCAUGUAUUUGGGAAGUUUUCUGGGCCCAUGUAAAAUUGAUGUUGUUGUUCUUACGUUUGGUGUUAAUAGGCUGGAAAUAUAUCCCCAGUCUUGGGCCAAUGUUAACAUGUCUAAUUUAUGAGUUGUGAGA